CGUUCGGGGACGCACGGGGAAUUGUGUCUAGGAUACUUUAUUAUUUGUGCGUUACAACAAAAAGCACUCUGCUGCGCGUCCGCCUCAACUAAUUGUUGCUGUCCAGGCGAGAAUCGCUCCGUGCGCGCCUGAAUCACAUCUCUGCAGCAUCCUUGCAGAGUAGAGCCUCUGCUGCCCGUUUCCAUUUUUUUUUCAUUCGGUGCCGUCGACGGAAGACCGAAGACUGGGCUCGGAUAUCUGGACUCCUGCGUCCAAAGCAUCAUCCACGGACGGUACCAUUCGUCGCAGCGGAGUUAAUAAUCAAAAGAGAGAAAAAGUUCCUCUCUCCAGCCUUGCACGCGUGGAUUCAGGUUGAUGCGAGUGAUUGAAAAGGCGCGUGGGAGCCAGCGAACAGGCUGUGUGUGCAGAUGAGGAUUACGGAGCGGCGCUGGUCACCUGGAGUACCUGAAGCUCUCCCACGACGCGCGGCUGCAUCAACUUGUCGACACUGUUGAAUAUUCUCCAGCGCAGACAUGUCGGCCCCUGUGGCCUCGCCUGCAGCUUAAUGUAUCGUAUAAGAUCUGAAAUCGCUGGCGCUUGAUUCGCAGCCCUGUUGUGCGUAAAACUCAGCAGCAGCUGAAUUCCACGCCACGGCUCCACAUCAGGAGGAUGCAGAGUACCUGAAGAGCGACGAUGCACGGAACUCGGAGGGUUUUGUGAUCAGGAUGACAUUUGGUUGAGACACUCGUGGGGCCGAAACACAGACAAAAAACAACUCCCCUUCUUGUUACAUUUUUUGCAGCAAGAAGCUGCUGCAUCUGUCGACUAGACUCCUCGUGUAUUUUGUAGUCUCGGUUCGGGGAGAUGGCCGCGAUCGCCAGCUCCCUGAUCCGUCAGAAACGCCAGGCGCGGGAGUCGAACAGCGACCGGGUCUCCACUUCGAAGCGUCGCCCCAGCCCGAGCAAAGACCCCCGCUCUCUGUGCGACAAGCAUUUCCUGGGGGUCUUCAGCAAAGUCCGCUUCUGCAGUGGCAAAAAAAGACCCGUGCGGCGGCGAGCAGAUGCACCCUCGAAACCUCCACAGGUGUCCCAUAAGGGCUGCAGGCUAGAGCCGCAGCUGAAAGGCAUCGUGACACGACUGUUCAGCCAGCAGGGCUUCUACCUGCAGAUGAAGCCGGAUGGAACCAUCGACGGCAGCAAGGACGAGAACAGCGACCACACCCUGUUUAAUCUCAUUCCCGUGGGUCUGAGAGUGGUGGCCAUCCAGGGCCUGAAGAGUGGCUUAUACAUCGGCAUGAAUGGCGAGGGCAUGCUCUACAGCUCGGAAAUGUUCACACCGGAGUGCAAGUUCAAGGAGUCUGUUUUCGAGAACUACUACGUGAUCUACUCGUCCACGGUGUACCGACAGCAGGAGUCGGGCCGAGCCUGGUUCCUCGGCCUCACCAAGGAGGGGCAAGUCAUGAAGGGCAAUCGGGUCAAGAAGACUAAACCCUCAUCACACUUUGUGCCCAGGCCCAUUGAAGUUUGUAUGUACAGGGAGCCGUCACUGCAUGAGAUAGAGGACAAGCACCGCUCCAGAAAGAGCUCAGGGACUCCCACCAUGAACGGAGGGAAAGCUGUCAAUCAGGAUUCCACAUAGCAGCAAAGGGGAGGGGCUUCCAGCGGGGAUGGGGGAGUGGCCUCAUCCUGACUCAAGGGGCGGGGGUCAUCGGAAUACUCGCCGCCCCCCCACCAAGAUACAUACCACCAUCCCCUCUGAAGAAGGGAGCUACGUAUUACUGUACACCCGAGAUGACAAAAAAACUGAACUCUUGCCUGUGAAAUACUUUUAGAUGAAUUAAUAUGAAACCAGAGGAUAUAUAUAUAUAUAUAUAUAUGAAAAAAAGAAUAUUUUCAAUCAGGACUUGACCAACAUUUUAUGCAAAAAAAGAAAAAAAGCUGUGAUAAACAAAGAAUGGUGGUCUCUCUUCACACAAAUACAAAUAUCUAUCAUUUCCAAUUUAUGCUGUGAAAAACAAGCUUUAAUACAUGUUCAAUUUUCAUAAGGUGAGUUUUUUUUUAUCUAAAUGCUAUUGCACUCUCAUAUGCUUUAUGGUGUUAUUGCCGUCAGUAAUAUCUACAUCAUCAUAAGGUUAUAGCUUUGUUUUUGAGAUCAUAGAAAGUUUUGAUUUGAUUGUUAUUACUCCUAUAUUUUGUUUUCUCUCACAGUUUGAUCUCCAAUGUAUUGUCUCACUACCUGCUCUGGUGUGAGGGUAAGACUGAAUGUAUUUGAUAGUUCUCCGUAUUGAACUGAGACAGAGCGCUUAGGGUGGGAUAUAAUACUCAGGUGUGUACUGUACGUUAGACUAAAUGAGACUAAAUGGACAGACGGGGCUGUUUGAAAUACUCGGACAUGAACUCCCCUGCGUUGUCCUGCCAUGACGGGACAGGACUGAUAAAAAGCAAAAUAAUAGCAAGCGGUUGAGUAUAAUACGCUAAUAAGCUGACAACACAUCGCUGUGAUUGUUGGCCAUGAAGACUGAUGAAGAAAGCUGUUUGAGGAGGUUAAAGUCUGAAUCAAGGGUAAAAGUGUUUUAAGCUGUUUCAGUAAACUUUGCAAGGGUUACUAGGUUUUAGAUAAAGAGAUCUUCACACUCGUCUACUAUUCUCUCCAAAACCUGAGAGGAAGACCAGCAUCAGCACUACGAGCCAUGGCCAGAAAAAGGUCACAUCACAUUGGCACCUCAAGAAACACAGACCCCUUUUCUUUCCACUGAUAAUCUAGAUUAUAACCACAACUCCUCAAGUGUACCUACACGACAGCAUUCAUGCUUUUGAAUUCUACGGACGAAUUGUGAAAUAAUCCUUGAUAAAGAGGAAGUCUUUUUAAUGUUUUUCCAAGACAAGUCUGCGAUUGUUACUUUUAUUGUGAAAGCAUGACUGGUUCCUCAGCACAGGUCUGAUUGGCUGACUGUUUAAUCAUCCGCUGACUUGACCUGUUGAUAUCGUCGUUGUGAUGUCUCUAUCACAGAGACUUUCCCGUCACAACAGAAGCAGAGCGCUUUACUGAGGAUCCAGUAUAUCUGGAGUUAACUAGGUUCGAGGAAGGGCGUGUUUCCAUCCCAGUGAGAGCUGUUUGUUCUCUCGGACAUGGUCCUGGUUUUGUGACCCAUGAAAGGAGCCAUUUGCUCCAUUGUGGAAAGUCAGGUCUGUGUAUGAGUAGGUGGAUUGACCAGUACACUGCACAGGCUGUGUACACUCUCAUAACUCAUUCCUGUUCCCCCGAUUAGUUCGUCCAACUCAGGAAGUCCUCCUAUAGUUCUGUGAAUGGGGCGAGAUGAGUAAAGGCUAACAGCCUGUCUUCCAGCACCCAUCGCAGAAAGCCUGGCCACUGCGUGGUGUUUAAAGAGGUCAGGAUUGGGGUCAAUGGUGUUUUUGUUAUUUUAAGGAUGGUGUACAGCUAAGCUUAGCCAGGUUAGGUAGUUUGAUAAAGGGACAAGAGGAGGCCUGACAAAGCAUGAACAUUGCAUGAUUGUAAAAGUUGAUGUUAGCUUUGGUUUUGAGGUGAGAGCAGGGAGGAGAAUGUUCCAAAUUUGGGGAGAGUAGGUAAAAACUUUUUACUGCAACAUUUUGAUCAGUAUUUGUAGCGAGAGCUCCCACAUCUCUCUUGUUACUGUUUGGAAAUGUUGUGCUGGGUUGGUGGUAUGUACACUCAAUAGCACACAUUCAGAGCAAAGCGCAGUGAUAUAUCAUCAUGGAUCCGGGAGAGUCUUCCAUCUGGGGCCCGGAUCCAUCGCUGGUGCAAAUAACCUGCAAGAGCUAAUGAUAGAUUAGUUCAACUUCCACAGCACCUACAGCAUCACAGAGAUACACACAGUAUAUUUGACUUUGAAAGUCGACAGGCAAGACCAGCAUAUAUCAGAAUGUUUUUUAUAGAGGUUUAUAUUGGUGCAAAUGAGAUACAUGUGGCCUCAAAGCAAUGCAUGAAAUUGGAUGUACUCGGUGUGAACUGUUGAACGAGAGGACUUGAGGAGGAGAUGAGUAAAAGAAAGGAGGUGAAAACAGUUGAGCAGCAGCGCAGAGCACUUUUGGUGGGUUCAUCGACGAAUGACAGGGUGAGCGAAGGUUUCGGUUGUAUGUGGUAUCAAGUAUCAUGUGUUACUUUUACGUUUGCAGAGGAUUUCACUGCAUCGGAACACGCUCAUAUAUGCAUUAUGAAUUGUGAGAUGAAAUAAAAAAUAUGCAUUGAUAAUAAAAAUCUGAAUGAAGUUAGUGAUUGUUUAAGA